AUGAGCGUGGAUGCUUUGGGGAUCCCAGUGAUGGACCCUGCUGCACUCUCCCGGCGGAGCACGGCACUGAGCUUAGUAGACUUGGCGGGGGCUCCUCGCCCCCAGCACCACCACCGCCCCCCUCCGAGCAUGCCGGCCUUCCCGGCCUUCGCCGGGCACCCCCACGCCACGGCGCCCACGCCGCCGGGGGAGCACGCCGCCGAGUCCCGCCUUGGGCCAGAACACAUGGGGCACCGCCACCAUCCUCCUCCUCAGCCUCCUCCUCAGCAUCGCCCCGCGACCCUUAAGCUCGGCCCUGCCCCUCAGCCCCGCCACCAGCUCCACCACCACCAUCAUCAUCAUCAUCAUCCUCAUCAUCCGGCAGGCCAAGCCCAGGUGGUCUCUAGUCAAACAGGAGCGUUUGGCCCGGCGCAGUCACCAGCAGUCCCCUACCCCGUCUCUCACACAGCCCAGGCUCUGGCAGCAGGUAGCUACCCUGGACACCAUGGUCACCACCAGCACCACCACUCAGAAGCUGGGAAUCCCUCUCUGUUCACUGGACUCCAUGAGCAGCCUCCCCAUGCAGCUCCAGGUGGCCAUCUAAACGGACAGAUAAGACUGGGGUUACCUGGAGAAAUGUACGCCAGGUCUGAACAUUUCAGUCAAGUACCAGCCUCCAGGACAGAUCCUUUUGCUGCUUCUUCGCUUCAUAGCUACGGUGGCAUGAAUCUGAACGUGAACCUGGCUCCACACCACGGCCCGGGGGCCUUCUUUCGUUACAUGAGGCAGCCCAUCAAACAGGAACUCAUCUGUAAGUGGAUUGAGUUGGACCAGACUCCCAAAAAAUUAUGCUCGAAAACUUUCAGCACGAUGCACGAGCUGGUGACUCAUGUCACCGUGGAGCACGUUGGAGGACCCGAGCAGUCCAAUCACAUAUGUUUCUGGGAAGAGUGUCCAAGAGAAGGGAAACCUUUCAAGGCCAAAUACAAACUUGUAAAUCACAUCAGAGUCCACACAGGUGAAAAACCUUUCCCCUGCCCUUUCCCAGGCUGUGGUAAAGUGUUUGCCAGAUCAGAGAAUCUCAAAAUACACAAAAGAACUCAUACAGGGGAGAAGCCGUUCAAAUGCGAAUUCGAGGGCUGCGACAGACGCUUCGCCAACAGCAGUGACAGGAAGAAGCACUCGCACGUCCACACCAGCGACAAGCCCUACAACUGCAAAGUGAGAGGCUGCGACAAGUCCUACACCCACCCCAGCUCCCUGCGAAAACACAUGAAAGUGCACUGCAAAUCCCCUCCUCCCAGCUCCGGCUACGAGUCCUCCACGCCCUCCUUGGUGUCCCCCUCCUCGGACUCCGGCCGGGAGCCCCCCGCCUCGUGUUCCCACGCCGAGCCCUCCACGCCCGCGCCGCCCGCCGCCAACCUGAGCGAAUGGUACGUGUGUCAGGGCGCGGGGGCCCGCGGCCCCCCCGGCCCUCCCGGGCCCCCCGCCGCCCCCCUGCCGUCGCGCCCCGACGGGCAGCCCCGGCCCCGCUGCUAG